AUUUUUGAGUUAGGUUCAUCAGCUAUUUAUGCCUUACAUUUAGUACCUAUAAAUAACCCUCGGUCCAUUUCUCAUUUCCUUCAAACUUCAUUGAAAAUAAGCGUUCUCUUUCUAUCACAUAUAUAUACACUCCAACUAAAUCAAGUAUGGGCCGUAGUAUGCCGCUCAUCAUAGCUCUGGGUAUUGGAGCUAUAGCCUUGGCUGCUUCUCCUUUCGCUCAUGCAGACCCCGACAUGUUGCAAGACUUUUGUGUGGCUGUCAAGGACUCUGAGGCUACAGUGUUUGUGAAUGGAAGGAUUUGCAAGAACAUAACGGAAGUCACUGCUGAUGAUUUCUACUUGCAAGCGCGGUUUUACAUCCCACAAAACACAUCAAAUCGGUUAGGAUACACACCGACGCCAAUCACAGUGGACAAACUACCAGGACUAAAUACAUUGGGUGUUGCAAUAGGGCGUGUGGACUUAGGACCAUAUGGACUUAGUACUCCACACACCCAUCCUCUAGGAAGCGAGGUCUUCGUAGUGUUUGAGGGAACACUAUAUGCGGGAUUCAUUGAUUCAAGGAACAAAUUGUAUGCCAAGACACUUCGUCCCGGAGACAUUUUUGUCGUGCCGAAAGGGCUCAUUCAUUUUGUGUACAACACUGGAGGGGGCAAUGCAGUUGUGUUUGCUGCUUUUGGGACCCAAAACCCAGAUCCCGUCUAUAUACCUGAAGGACUUUUUGGAAGCGAUCCUCCAAUUCUUCCUGAGGUUCUAAGUAAAGCGUUCCUGUUAGACAAGGAUGUGAUUAACCGUCUAAGAUCCCAACUGCAUUCAGAGUUACCGUAAUGAGACCAUCACGUACCCAUGCAUGGAUCUUGGAUUUCUGAUCUGAAUCAGGGAGAAUUGUAAUUUUAGUUCUGGAACUUUCCACUGCAUGUGCUUGUAUUAGUCCUGUAAUUUUACCUAGUUGCAGAUUUGAUCAUGUGAGUAAUAAAUCUUUGGAAUUUAAGGACUUUUCCACCAAAAGUACAGUUUUUACCGUAAAUUCGACGGGAAAGUUGCAGCCAGCAUCAAAUUGUCUGCCGGAAAAUAUUCCUUUUGGUGAAAAAGUCUUUCAAUUGUAAAGAUUUAUUAGUUUAAAGACCAAAUUUACAACCCAGUAAAGUUACAGGACUAAUAACGGGCACAACCAAAAGUUACGAGGCUAAAUUGCAAUUCUCUCAUCUAAAUUAAUAUAUUUCAUACUCCGUAAUAGCUAUAUUAAUUAGUUAUAAGAAAAUUCCAAUAUAAAUCUAUUGGGCAUCUAAUGUAGUCCGAGGCGUGGUAUAAUGAAAAUGGAAUAUAUUUUAUAUUUAUACAUCUAUACUUGUAACUAAAAAGAGUGCACCAAUAAAAAUAUGUAUCAUUGGUUUUACCAUCAUUGCAUUACAUAUAUACUAUCGACAUGUAUUCAUAUCUGUUAUAACAUUAAUGAUUUAAUAAAAAUUAAUUUGUGUC